AUGGCGUGCACUUUCUUCCACAGCACUUCGUGGAAGUUCCUCGAGCCUGAUGAGCUCAUCACCACAUUCGAUCAGAUGGUGCAAGAUGCCAAUGUCAGAUGCACAUACAUGUUAGACAAGCAGAUGUUCCGCAUUGAGUUCCCUGAGCCCGGCCAUGAACAGAUCUACUUCGAGUUCAUGAAAUUGUGCAAGAACUACAUCGAAACGCACAGAGAUGGUCCACAGGAUGCCAUGAGCGAUCCCAAGAUCUUCCGCCCGGCCGAGACGGGUGGAAAUGCAAACGCCGAAGAUGAACUUGAAGAACUCCUGAGAGAAGACGACGUUCUGGACGAUGAGCCUCUCAUUGAGGCCGCCGAUCCUUCAUCCGAAGACGAACAAGACAAGCCCUUCUGGAGUUCAAAGAAUCCCAAGACAAACAUCGCGCUUGUCCUUCCGGACCGUCUGCUACAAGAGAUUGCCCAAGAUACCACCUGCUCACUGGAGUUGAGCGUCGAGAAGGCAUGUAUCUACAUCGGCAAUGCAUCUGAGAACAAGAUCCAAACUGUCACCAAGAAGCUGGACAACAUUGAGAGGAACUGGCAUCGUCCAAGAAUUGACUCUCACUUCGUGCGCAUGGAAAAGGAGUCUGACGGUGUGCUCCAACUCCAUCGUCUACAAUACCUGAAAGACGGAACUCUAUUGCAGACAUUGACUCCUGAACAUAUGAAACUCAUGCUGCCUCGCCAACGUGUGGUCCGCUUGAUGCGCCGCGAUACCAAUGGUCGACUCGAGAUCUUCAGCACACAGUCUUCGGAAUAUGCUCACGACGCAACACUGGCUCAGAAGUGGGGCUCAUUGCCGCUUCCACAUUUCCUAAAAGAGGGCAUGCAUGACCUUCUAGUGACUUCCGGUAAUAACGCCGUUGAGGCAUGGGUGCAGGGAACCAUUGAUUCUGCGCCUGACGAAAGCGACUUGUUGAGUCGGGGCAUUGAGGCCGUGGAUCUUGGUGAGCAAGUUAAACCACUCGAUCCUGUCAAGGUACCGUUCGUACAACAGGAACAACAUCCUGUGCAGGACCUCUGGAUUCUUGAAGACGAGAGGGACUCUGACAGUCGCCCUAACUCGUUCGCACUCGUAGAUGCUGAGGUCUUUGCCGAUCCAAAUAUCCUCAUUGACUUCGAAGGUCGGCCUCCGUCUUCGUAUCCGACCAGCCAUGCUACAGAGUCCGUCCAUACUCCAGCUCCCAGCUCAAUCGCUGCUGGUUCUGAGUCACUGCAGGCUAGGGUGGCAUCUGGGAUCAAGUUUACUGACAAGCCACCCAAAGCACAAUGGGAGAACAUUCCCCCACUUCCGGUCGUAACUGAUUACAGUGCUCAGUCCACAGCAGCUUAUACGGGAGAUGUUACCGCUGAGCCGUUCCCUCCUCUUGGAACACAGGGUCCCCGACCUCGUGUGCAGCGAUUGCAGCCCUCGUCUACUCCUGUUGCACCACCAGGCUUGUCAACUCGACGUGGCCAGUAUUCUCAAGCAGUGCUUUCCCAGUCUGCCGAACCUACAGACGUCGUGGAGAGACUCCAGAUCGUAGAUGAAGUCGCUAGCAGGAAAUACUAUCACACAACCGCUCAUCGCAAGCCCAAAUCAAAGGCGAAGGGAAAGGGAAAGUCUGACAACUCAUCUUUCAAGGUAGAACUACCUGCUCCCGAUUGGGAUCCAAGAUCGAACAAACAGCCGGAUGUGCCUGAUCAGAAGAAAUCAAAGGCCACCAAUGCGCAAGCCCCACCUCCAACUACCAAACCAAACCCCCUGGUUCUUCCACCCUGUAGCAAAGAUGUGCUGCAGAUUCUGGAUAUCGCCCGAGCUUUUAGGGGUCAUCUGGAUAUGGAGAUCUUCAUCGGCCGCAUUCUACUCGAAGGUUUCAGAGAACCUGAAGCAAGAGAAUUUGCUGCCUCCAAGCCAAUGCAUCCCAUUCGUAUGAUAGAUGGUAUCAAAGAACAUCUUUCUUCGGACCCGGAGACCAUCCUUCAUUUCGUCGAGCGACUAACCACAACUACUACUGAAGCAUGCCAGAUCCCGACCCCUCAAUUGUUCCAUCAAGACGCCAUCGAAGAGUGCUGGUAUGAAUUCCAUUGCGAGGAUAAGUACCACAAUCAAUUCAUUCUCAAAGUCAAAGGGCCCGAGGAUGCAACGAUUGAUCUCAUUCCAGUCACCAUUGGUCAAGUCUUCUUCCACUAUCCAAAGCGGAAGUGGGAUGCUUGCUUUGUUGUCAAAGGCCGAAAGCCAUACACACACCGCAGGGCAGUCAAAGAGUUUAUGGAAAGGCUCUCGGCCGAAGUCCGCAACUCGAAGGAUGAACGACUCGUCGACCUUCGCUUCCGUGUCACCAGCGACUUGAAGAUCCACAGCGCAUACACCAAGAAGCGUCUCUCAUUCAGUCACAUCAACAAUGACCGCAUCACUCUGCACCUCACAGAAGUACAGGACUUGAUCAGAGGCUGGAUGGGAGAUGAUACCUCGCUUCAUCAAUUCGCAUCCAGAGAGAGAGCCGAGAUGAUCGCAGCCCACCGUCUGUGGUUCGAGGCAAAGAUUUCGGUGUCAGCAGAGUCUUUCUUCGACCAGAACUUGAAGAUAAAGACAGGUGAUGAUGCUGCUUGGGAGGCAAAGGAUGUGCUCGACGAUAGGAUGCUGUCUGACAUCCAGAAUGUUGUCGAUAAAGUCGUCAUUCGUAUGGAUGGUGUUGGUGUUUUGAACAAGGGAUGGCGAGGUAGCGAGGAGGAUAUGGCUGAGCUGGAAGCGUUCGAGCAGGGAUGCAAGAAAGAGGGUCGUCCUGGCCACUGGUGA